AUGUUUACAACUCGCGGUACGACAGGACGUUCUGUUUUGGAUCAUGACUUUAAAAGAAUUACUCGUACUUUCUCGAAUCCAUCUCAACAAUCAAUUAUUUUAAAACAAGAACGAGUUGUCUCAUCUAUGGAAAUUGAUAAUUCACGACGUUCUUCAUUUUCGGAAAUCAGAACUGCUGAAUUCGUAUCAUAUUGUAAAGAUCAAGAUCUUAAUAAACAAAUUACUGGUAAUAAAGAUGGUGAUGGUGAUGGUGAAUAUUCAUACCUUGAUGAUACUGAAGAAGAAUUAGAAGAGGAAGUUGCUGUUGGUAUGGCUUACAUGUCGAGUUCUACAACCGAUAUUAUAGAAAAUUCUAUCAAUGUGGAUAAAUCAUCCACCAAUAAUGCUAAAGAAAAAGCCGUAUCCAUCAUUUCGGAUCCAUCAGAUGAUGUGAUGGAAGGUUUGCUUGACCCCCAAACUGCUGAAGUUAUUGAUUCGAUGCCUUCCGAUAAUCGCGGCGAUGUAGGUGAUUUUGAGUUAGGUGAAUUCAAUGAUGAUGAUACUCAAAAUUUGGAAGAAAAUGGUUUACAACAUACUUUAGAAGAAUCAGCAACGAAUAAUUCCUGUGGUGUUGAUAAUUUAAAAUAUGUGAAUGAUACUACUGAAAAUGUUACACGGAACGAUACUUCUGCUGGCGAGACAAAUAAACUUACCGAAAAAGAUGAUCAAAGUUCCGGAGAAAGCGCAAGGAUAAUAGACUUAAAUAAAAAGUUCAAUGAAAAAAUCGAAAUGAUUGAACGAGCAUUUAUUGAUGGUACAAUGGCUCUUCGCACGGCAUUGAUCGCAUUUCGUGACCUUAUGGAGUUACUCCCUAGAGACAUACAACAACGUAUUUCUGAAUCUUCUGGUAAUGUAAAUGUUCAUGAAAUUCCACAUGGCGUAAAUGCGGAUAUUUUUCUGCCAUCAUCCAGCAUCACAACUGUUCAAGAAACUCCAAAUGAAUCGGAUACAAAUAUUUCCGAUGAAAAUUUUUCGGCUCCAAGUCAAAACGUAAUUCUCACACCAAAAUCAUCUAGUCCGUCAAGUGAUGGUCCUAAUGUUUUACUUACGCCUGAACCGGAAAGACCAAACUUGAAACGUAAGGGCAAACAAAUCGAAUCUCAAGAUGAAAAAAGGCGCGCGGUUAAUGAAUAUUCACCAAAAAGACCACGUAGUGCUUUUAAUUAUUUUACACAAGAUAUCUACUCCUCAGGAGGUACGGCACAUGUUUCGCCGAAAGAUAGAUUUAAGUUUGUGCGUAAAAAGUGGAAAGAAAUGCCGGAACCAGAAAAAGAUAAAUAUCUUGAAAUGGCUUAUGCAGAUAGAAAGAGAUAUGAACGUGAAAGUGCUAGUAAAGAACUUCGACUUCGUCACGAUAAACCCAGUGAGGGUGAGCGCGAACUUUUAUACGUUCUUGUUCCGACUCCUACGCAUCAGGUUCUUUCCGCAUAUCAAGAUUAUCGAGAUACUUUAGCAUCGUCGUCAACAACCAGUUCAAAUCAAUUAGGUCAGAGUCGUUAUGAGGGUGAUAUUAACACUACUAAUGACACUGCUGAAACUGAUAAUAUUGUGCAAGAUGAGGGUUCGACAUCAGUCGCUAUAAAUCAUUCUUCUAAUAAUAAUGAAGUUGGUGCAUUUGUUGAACAGGAAACUUUUAGUUUUUAG